AGCGGGGCCGGGGUGGCGGCGGGAGGGGGCAGCGACACCAGCACCGCAGCAGCAGCAGCAGCAGCAGCAGCAGCUACCGCCGCCGUCUGGAGAGCCCGGCGGGGCAGGCCCCGCGCCGUUCGCCGACAGACCCCGCCCCGCCUUCGCUGCCGCUCCGUCGCCGGCUCUUGCCGCGGCCGCCGCGUCCCGGGAAUGGCGGUGCUGGCCUUGGCCCUGGCGGGACUCGCCAUCUUCGGGCUGAUCCUCUUCGUCGUGCUCUGGCUCAUGCACUUCAUGUCCAUCAUCUACACACGCCUCCACCUCAAUAAGAAAGCCACAGACAAACAGCCAUAUAGCAAGCUUCCUGGAGUUUCACUUCUGAAGCCGUUAAAAGGUGUGGAUCCAAACCUGAUCAACAACUUGGAAACCUUCUUUGAACUGGAUUAUCCAAAAUAUGAAGUACUACUCUGUGUACAAGAUCAUGACGAUCCAGCUAUUGAUGUAUGCAAAAAGCUUCUUGGCAAAUACCCGAAUGUUGAUGCUAGAUUGUUCAUAGGUGGCAAGAAGGUUGGCAUCAACCCCAAGAUUAACAACUUAAUGCCUGGCUAUGAAGUUGCCAAAUAUGAUCUCAUAUGGAUUUGUGAUAGUGGAAUUAGAGUAACGCCAGACACACUGACUGACAUGGCUAACCAAAUGACUGAAAAAGUAGGCUUGGUCCAUGGGCUUCCCUACGUUGCAGACAGACAGGGUUUUGCUGCUACCCUUGAACAGGUUUAUUUUGGAACUUCGCAUCCCAGGUCAUAUAUUUCAGCCCACUUAACUGGCUUCAAGUGUGUAACAGGGAUGUCAUGCUUGAUGAGGAAGGAUGUCUUGGACCAAGCUGGAGGACUGAUAGCUUUUGCACAAUAUAUUGCUGAAGAUUACUUUAUGGCCAAAGCGAUAGCUGAUCGGGGCUGGAAAUUUGCGAUGGCCACACAAGUUGCAAUGCAAAACUCUGGUUCAUAUUCUAUUUCUCAGUUUCAGUCCAGAAUGAUCAGGUGGGCCAAACUGCGAAUAAAUAUGUUGCCCGCCACAAUAAUCUGUGAGCCAAUCUCUGAGUGCUUUGUUGCCAGUCUGGUUAUUGGAUGGGCAGCUCAUCAUGUGUUUAGAUGGGAUAUAAUGGUAUUUUUCCUGUGUCACUGCUUGGCAUGGUUUAUAUUUGACUACAUUCAACUGAAAGGUGUUCAGGGCGGUGCUCUGUGUUUUUCAAAACUCGAUUAUGCAGUAGCUUGGUUCAUCAGAGAAUCCAUGACAAUUUAUAUUUUCCUAUCUGCUUUGUGGGACCCCACUAUUAGGUGGAGGACAGGACGCUACAGAUUACGUUGUGGAGGCACUGCAGAAGAAAUUCUUGAUGUAUAGCCACAGCUUUGUAACUGUGAAUGUCAAAAGGAGAAACUGGGGGAAGAAAAGUAUUAUAAAUUGUUUAUAUAAAUACUUUUAAGAACAUAUACCAUCAGUAGUUUUAUUAUUUGUAUGUUUUGGUAUCUGUUCUUUAAUUUAUUUUUGCAUGGCACUUGCAUCUGUGAAAAUAAAUCUGUAGUCUUGGCCAAAUGGUAUCUUACUUCCAUGUACAAAUAGAAAUUGAGAGAAUUGGUCCUGACAUCUACUUUCUGUAGGAUUACUCUGCAGUAAACUCUUAAUAAAUAAUAAAGUAUCCUCCUGGAUAUGAACAGCUUCUUACUCCAUGAUGUGCUAGCCUAGCAAAUCCAGGAUUCACCUAGCUAUUUUCCAACUGGAUUGUACGAAGCUGUACUUUGUAAAAUCACAGAAGUACAGCUGAUUUCUGUUUUAUCUCACUAAAUUGAGCUAGUAACAGGACCUUGGAAAGAAGCUCUUAAAUGCUUUAUGCCUACCUCUUGUAGUUGCUGCAGAUGUUACAAGAUGAAUGGAAAGGUAAAAACGCUUUGCAAAAACAAACUGAAGUAAAGCUAGAGUUUUGUGUUUAUAUGUAUAUAUGAAAUACUUUAGUCAUUGCAAUGAACCAAAAGUGGACUGAGUUUGAUAGGUUGAGUUGGAAGGAGUUACUGAUCAGACAUGUAUUGUGGGCAUCUUCUGGCCAAUUCUGAUCUGGUUCUGUGUUGAACCUUGUUAAGCACUGUGCUGUAACUAGCCAAGCUGGUCACCUGCAAUAUUUCCAUCCUUUUUUGAAGGUGUUUGUUUUUCCCUGUGAGUGAAUGCUUUGAUGGGGUGAGGGUGCGUGUGUGGGACAUAGUGGGGAGUGGAAAUAUAUUUCAGAAACAUUUCACAUGUGAGCUAUUUUCUUAUACGAUGUCUUAAGAGGGUGAAUUCAUGAGGCAAGUAUUUAAUAUCUUUUUAAAGUGAACAUACAUACCUAUGCUAGUCAUAAUUAAGUACUCAAUUGCAGUAGUUAUUGUGAAUAUAUUGGAGGGCCGGGUGAGUUUGCUAUUACUGAUUGAAACUGUAAUAUUAAGUAUCAAACUAAGUCUACUUUUGGCUUUUUGCCUUCUACUGUUAGUCUAGCCUUUAGAUUGGACUUUUGUGCUGCAGUAGUAUGACUAAAAGGACUAGAUUAUAAUGCAUGCUAUGUUUUUCUCCUCCGUGCUACCUGAAGCUUGGUUUCCAGUCUCAUUGUGAGAGUUCCUAAUUUGUGGUGAACUGGACUUGUUUUCUUUAAACACUUUAAUUAAAAACACAGCAAAGCUAGAGAGGAAUGCUGCAUAAGCCUUUUGUUUUCAUAGCUGUAUUUAUGCUGCUUUACUUCAUAUGGAAUAGCAUAUUGUCACCAUGAAUGUGAGCUGCUAAUUACAAGGCUAAUGCCAACCAAGCAGCUUUAAAACUUGGAUGAUAACGUGUAGCGUAUUAGCAAUAAUUACAUGUAUUUAUAAAAAUGGAUAUUUUUACCUUACUGAGCCAAUCCCUUACCUGUCAUAUGCUACACAAGGUACGAUGUGUAUGUAUGUGUCAUUAAAACAUAUUCUGGGCCAAAAUGCUUCAUCCACCUUAAUCUCUUCUGCCUUAUGAUACCAUGGAACUCUUCUUAAUGGAUAUUUCUGUAUGAACAAAGGCUUUUGAUGCAUGCUUCAUUCUCUUAACGUGAAUCAGGAAAAAGCAUUUUUCCUGAGGAAAGUUGCAUACUGAAAGCUAGUCUAGUUGUGAUCCACAAAAACAUUCUGGUCUUAAUCUUGUUUUUUACAUAGUUGAAUUUUGUAUCUUUCUUUGUUUCAUGAAGUUUGAUGCCAUUCAUUGCACUGCUGAUGUGAAGCUUAGCUUGCAACUUAGCUUUAUGCUGAUUCCUGCAGGCAGUGGAACAGAACCAAAAAUAAAGGCUGUACAGACUUCAUUAAAAAAAAAAAAUUAGGUGGGGAUAAUUGUUUAACAGGUGCUUUUGUAUUAGUAGAGCCAUGUUUGAUCACAAAAAAUAAAGCUUCACUUAAGCAAAUAGUUUCAUUUGGGUAUUGUUCAGUCAGUUAUGAAAUGGAAGCAAAUACUGUCAAGUUUAGAAGAUGCUGCAACAGAACUUCUAAAAGUUAAAAAUGGUUAAUGUAACGUUGUGUUGAUCUACAGAUAUGUAGAAUAUACCAUGUUUAUUUAAAAUAAAUGUUUUUUCUUUUAUUUAAAAAUAAAUUUUGAAUACAAUCUGUUUGGAA